AUGAUUUCAAGACCGCCUUCAAAAGAAGCCGGUUUCGCAGGCCAGCUCAUUGCCAUGGGCCCAUUUAUGCAGACACCAGACAGAUGCAUAGACAGCGGAAUGAAUGGUGUUAAGCUCAGUCAUACAGACCUACACUCAAUGCUCAUUUGGACUGACUUUUCUACAAAUUUCUUCUCUCGUCUCAGCCUCUAUCACAGCUCAGGAAGGACGGGCUGUCGAGGGAUAAGGCUUGGUCAUUUGGGCAGUUGGUCAGUUGGCCAGUUGGUCAAUGAGGGAGGUAAGAGAAACGGAACAAAUUACGAGAAUUCGUCUAUCGCCCCAAUAGUUAGUCAAGGAAACAAGGCCUACCACACAACAACGGCUACACCCGACUGCACCAGGUUAAAUAACGAUUAUGAUAUGGAAUCAGGAGGCGAACCUGAAAUUCGCAUUUCAGGUGACGAGGGAAGAUGUGGUUGA